GUCUCUUAAAAAGAAGUAUUAUACUUCUUCACAUCCAAAAACAUCAUUUAAAGAAAAACAUAGCUAUUCAAUACUUGAAUAAAGGAUACAUCUAUAUCUAUAUCUAUAUAUAGAUAGAUAUUGUCUUCCAAAUAAUAAUUAUAAUAAUAAACUAAAGUGCUUCCUGAUUUCUUCGAAAUGGUUUUGUUGGGAGUGGACGAUGGCAGCGUAAUGUCCUUGAGCAGUUCUUCUUGUAACGAUACCGAAUUUGCGUCUUUGAGUUAUAAUGGGACCGUGGUUCUGUGGGAUACGCGACUGAAGACGGCAAUGCACACGCGGAUCCCCAACUACGAUAUUGGAAAUAAUCUGGACGCAGGGGAGCUACUCUUUCUGCCUGAGUUCGACAUGGCGAUCACCCUGUGUGGCAAACUUAUACAAUUUUUUGAUAUACGAAGAGGAACGAGCUCCAUAGAAUCUUGUCGGCACUCCUGUGAGGUUGUACGCUUUCUUGCAGGGGACCAUCCGUGGUCUCGCAUGUGGACUCUUAUUGUGGAUGAGAAGGGCCAUAUCUUCCCCCUGAACCAGAUGAACAUGUGCAAAUCUUCCAUGCUGCAAGAAUUUGUUUUUGGAAAGUUAGUUGACGUUCCUGAAAAUGGGUUUGGUUCCCUAUCCAACUAUAGCUCUGGAUUAGGCUUUGUAACAGAGGGAAGUGCGAAAAAGGACUACGGCAAAAGGUCGUUGUUUUCGCUCGGCAUGGACGGCAGGGGUUGUCUACUCAGAGGUCCUGAACCGACCCAAUGGCGGGAUUUCACAUUGGGAAAUUUGGAACUCGAUAAAGGGUCGACGAUGUUCAACCCACCCCUUGCAAACUGCUGCGGGUUUAGUGAAAAUUGCCAGGUCGCGGUGGGUCUGGCAGAUGGAACAUACAUCAUAUGCGAGGUGACAACGCAAGGCGAGGUGGAGGAAUUAAUGACGGCGCCUGGGCAUGCUACCAACGGUCUCUGUCAUGUUGAUUUCCUUCCCACUGGCUCCCUGUUGACAGUUUCCCUCUGUGGACAAAUCACGGUGUGGGAUGUGCCCAAUUUUUUGCUAGGCGACGGUGAUGCAGAGAUCGAUGGAGAACUCCCCAUGGUUCAAUGCGCAUUGGACCAUCAUGUCUGUACGGGAAUGAAAAGAUCCGUGAUAAAUUGCGCGUCUAUGCUAGGCCAAGAGAUUCUUCUAACGGGAGACGCGAAUGGAAAUGUGGUGAGCAACGAUCUGAAAAACUAGUAAUGUGUUUUAUCUUAAUAUUAUUUGCAGAAGCCUUAUGCUUCUUUGUUUCUAUAUUUCUCUUAA